GCUGUCAGGUUUCCGGGGCCUCUGGUGUGACGUGUCCCGCGCCUGGCGCAGCAGGAAGCGGCGGCGAUCGCGGCCCGAGUCCCCCGGCUGCGGCCCGCUCCCCUCCCCUCCCCGCCCCGCCGCCGCCAUGCUCGACUUCUUCACCAUCUUCUCCAAGGGCGGGCUCGUGCUCUGGUGCUUCCAGGGCGUGAGUGACUCGUGCACCGGGCCCGUCAACGCGCUGAUCCGCUCCGUGCUGCUGCAGGAGCGGGGAGGCAACAACUCCUUUAACCAUGAGGCGCUCACCCUCAAAUACAAGCUGGACAACCAGUUUGAACUGGUGUUUGUGGUUGGUUUUCAGAAAAUCUUAACACUAACGUAUGUAGACAAAUUGAUAGAUGACGUGCAUCGGCUGUUCCGAGACAAGUAUCGCACAGAAAUCCAACAGCAUAAUGCCAUGAGUCUACUAAAUGGCACCUUUGACUUCCACAGUGACUUCAUGCGUCUCCUUCGGGAAGCAGAGGAGAGCAGUAAGAUUCGUGCUCCCACUGCCAUGAAGAAGUUUGAAGAUUCUGAAAAGGCCAAGAAAACUGUGAGGUCCAUGAUUGAGAUACGUGGGGAGAAGCCCAAGGAGAAAGCUAAGAGCAGCAAGAAAAAUAAAGGGGCUAAGAAAGAGGGUCCUGAAGGCUCCUCACCUGCCAGCAAAGGGGCCCCUGUAGGAAAGCCUGAUGUCCCAACUGGCCCCGGGGAUGGGGUAGAACUGUCCAAAGAAGAGCUAAUGCGCAAGAAGCGUGAGGAAUUUAUGCAGAAGCAUGGGAGAGGUGCUGAGAAGUCCAGUAAGUCCUCAAAGUCAGAUGCACCAAAGCAGAAAGGCAAAAAGGCGCCUCGGGUGUGGGCACUGGGUGGCUGUGCCAACAAAGAAGUUUUGGACUAUAGCCCACCUACCACCAAUGGAACCCCUGAGACUACCUUACAAGAGGACAUCAAUCUGAUCCGAGGAACUCAGGCGGGAGGGCAGCUACAAGAUCUAGAUUGCAGCAGUUCAGAUGAUGAGGGAAUCACUCAGAACUCAGCCAAACCCAGUACUACAAAGGGAGCCCUAGGUGGCAUGUUUGGGAUGCUGAAAGGCUUGGUUGGCUCUAAGAGCUUAAGUCGUGAAGACAUGGAAUCUGUGCUGGACAAGAUGAGAGACCACCUAAUUGCUAAGAAUGUGGCUGCAGAUAUCGCUCUCCAGCUUUGUGAGUCUGUCGCCAACAAACUGGAGGGGAAGGUGAUGGGCACAUUUAGCACUGUGACUUCAACAGUAAAGCAGGCAUUACAGGAGUCAUUGGUACAGAUCUUACAGCCACAGCGGCGCGUAGACAUGCUCCGAGAUAUCAUGGAUGCUCAGCGUCGUCAGCGUCCUUAUGUUGUUACUUUCUGUGGGGUCAAUGGAGUAGGCAAGUCCACAAAUCUAGCCAAGAUCUCCUUCUGGCUGUUGGAGAAUAACUUCAGUGUCCUCAUUGCUGCCUGUGACACAUUUAGGGCAGGGGCGGUGGAGCAACUGCGCACGCACACCCGGCGUCUUAGUGCUCUGCACCCUCCAGAGAACCAUGGUGGCCGAACCAUGGUGCACCUGUUUGAGAAGGGCUAUGGCAAAGAUGCUGCUGGCAUUGCCAUGGAGGCCAUUUCUUUUGCCCGGAAUCAGGCCUUUGAUGUAGUCUUGGUGGAUACAGCUGGCCGAAUGCAAGACAAUGCACCCUUGAUGACUGCUCUGGCCAAACUCAUUGCUGUCAACACACCCGACCUGGUGCUGUUUGUUGGGGAGGCCUUGGUGGGAAAUGAAGCUGUAGAUCAGCUGGUAAAAUUCAACAAAGCUCUGGCUGAUCACUCUAUGGCUCAAACACCCCGGCUCAUUGAUGGCAUUGUUCUCACCAAAUUUGAUACCAUUGAUGACAAGGUGGGUGCUGCCAUUUCUAUGACUUACAUCACAAGCAAACCCAUUGUCUUUGUUGGGACUGGCCAGACCUAUAGUGACCUGCGUAGCCUCAAUGCCAAGGCUGUGGUGGCUGCCCUCAUGAAGGCCUAACAUGGUGCAGCACCCCAUACCAAAUCACUGCUUUCCUCUACCCUUUCCACCCCUGUGUCUAGAAUGUUCUUUGGAGUAUGAGAUCAGCUUGUCGUGAAUGUAUUGCAAACACAGAAUAAAGGGAGCUCCAGGGGCUUGCAAUUUUCCUAGAACCUUGUCCCAGCCAGCCUCCCCACCCAACCUAGAUUCUCCAUCUGCAAGGAGGGCCCAAUCAUGUUUCAAUCACUGCCCGUUGACCCUCAGUGCAGCCCUGUGGUCCUCCCCCACCCAACUCAGGGGUCCCCUUCACUCUGCCUGUACUGUACUGUCUCAUUACAGCUUUGACCAAUGGCUGGAAGACCCUGACACCAGAGCUUUCUAUUUGUCCACACUGUGAGUGUGGUCCAAGGGACCUCUGUGCCUAAUAAGCAGCUUCAGAUUCAAGCUUGAUUUGGGACUUCUACCAAAGCAGCCCUAGGUCUUGAUUUGGCACUAAUCACUGAGACAUACAUGGCUUUCAUUCCCUAUUUAUGUGCUGUGGCACAGGAUAGAAUCCACCUCAGUCAGUGUAUGACAUUUUCUUAAUUGCUGCUAAUUCUGACAACUGUAGCUCACCCAUAACUUUAAAACAUACAGCUAGGCCAGGGUGACCUGUUACAAGUGAAGAGGCAGUGAUAAGUCCCUGCUUCCUUCAGAGCUAAACUUCCCAAAUAAGGGGAGUGAAGCUGCAGUGUGCAUUAGGCUUGUUGGCCUUUUAACACACCCUCCCAGCCUUUCCCUAGAGUUCAUUUGUGAGCUUUGCAUGUUGCCCUUCCUGGGAGUCCUGUUGGAAAGGCAUACCUUUCCCCACUCCCACUUUUUACCCUUCCCAGCAGACCCUGUUGAGGGAGGCUGGCGGCUUCCUUGCCCCUAUCCUCUCCAGAGUGCCUGGUAUACAAGUGCUACGUUGAAGAAUACAAACUCUUGUUAAGAUUUGUCUUGUAGCUUGGUAUUGCAGAUGUGCUGUUAGUGCAAUAAGGUAAAGGCUGUCUGCCCAGAGAAAUACAUAAUUUAUAUAAAGAAAAUAAAUUUCAUAAAUAAUGCUGCUUUUUUCUGUUUGCAA